AAAUAUUUUACCAUGACUAUAUUAUUGCAAUAUGAGAAUCGAAUAUAAGAAUUGAUAUUCUUAUCGUGGGAUGAAAAAUAUACAGAAAGUCAUAGCAGAAGAAUGGCAUUUAAAUGAUUGUUUUGUUAUACAUAAUGAAGAAUAAGUGCAUUGGACAUGGAUAUAAUUAAUAUAGAAGACAUAGAAACUGGUGUGCGACCAACAAAAAAUUCUACUCCCAUACAAUGCAACUGCAUUCAUUCAAAUUCAAUAUGUUACAUUAUUGUAACAAUUACUACCCUAGCUCUUUUGGGAGCAAUUGUAUUCAUCUGUAGAGACUAUAUUAAAGUCCUACUUUAUUGGAUUGAACAUCAAAACAUAUGGAUUGUUACUGUAAUAUUCAUUGCACUGUUUAGUGUGGUUUCAUUUCCAAUUGUAAUUGGUUAUUUAUUCCUUAUCAUUGCCAGUGGUUACCUCUUUGGUAUAUUGAAAGGUAUUGUAAUGGUAGUGUUAUCUGCCAAUUUGGGAAUAGCUAUAGCACAUGUUACUCUCAGUGCAUUGUCAUCAAAACUGCCUAUUGGAGCACUUCUACAAAAUAAUACUGCAAGAGCAAUUCUUAGGGUUAUUUCUGGACCACAAACUUUUAAAGUUGUGUUGUUUGCAAGAUUAACUCCUAUUCCCUUUGGUCUACAGAACACUAUUUUUGCGGUUAGUAACAUGGGUGGUAUUCAAUACCAUAUAGCUAGUGCAUUAGGCUUACUACCUGCUCAGAUCAUCAACAUUUAUCUUGGUAGUAGUUUACGAUCUAUGCAAGAUGUUCUUGAGGAUAAAUCAACAGCAGCAACUGGUUACAUUGUCUUCUGUUUUCAGAUUUUAAUAGGCAUAUCAUUAAUGGUAUAUGUUGUACAGAAAGCACGAAGAGAACUUCAACUAGCAUUGUUGGAGGCUGAUCUUGCUUCAAUGACAGAUUCUUCUCAUUAUCUUCUUGACACACUACCAGAUUCUAAAAUAGUUUUAACUAAUUUGAUUGCCUAAUGAUAUGAAAGAAAACUUUACUCUUUCAAUAGGUACCUGCAUGUUUCAUACCUAACAAUAUAAUUCAUAUUAUUUAUUACUAAUGAUAAAAUUCUAUAUUUUUUUUUAAUUCAAAAUACUCUUCAAGGACUAAUAUCAUUUCGAAAAAUAAGUUCUACAUAAAUUUAGUAUAAAAUACGAAGUCAUUUAUUCAUUAACUAGAGAGAUAACUAUAGACAUUUUUUUAAUAUCAAGUUAUUCUAAAAGAACUGAAUAUUUUGUAAUACAAGCAAUAAUGGGAAACUGUAGUUUGAAUGUAAUUCAGCAGAGUUUUUAGACAAUAGCAGGAACAAUAGAGUUUCGUUUCCAUAUUAUUCCUUUUGAUACUAUAAUUUUGUGCCAAAUCUCAUUUCCAUUUAUUAAAAGUUUUCAUAUUAUAUCUUAAUUCAUUUUAAGAAAUUUGACUGCAUUUAUAUUUGUUAAUAUAUUUUAAUUUUUAUGUUCCGUCGGCAUCUUUAUGCUUUUUUAUUUACAGAAGUAUAUAUACAUAUUAUGAUACUUUUAUAAACAGGUCUUCCAAUUGAGAAAAAUUUAAAUGAGUUAUGUACACAAAACGCGGAUGUUCUUAAAUGUCCGUAAUAAAACCAAUUAUUUAUUUACUUCAAAAUAAAUGCAAUUUAUUGCUUUGCUUUGCUUUAUCUACAUAUGAUUUUAGAUAUUAAUUUAACUUAGAAUACGUGAUUGAAAAAUGAGAUGAGUGAAAAAAAUUUGCCAUGACAAUUGCAUUUGUAUAAAAAUAAUUACCAAGAAAAUUAUUAAAUGAACUUACGCAUUUUAUUAGGAAGACUGAAACUAUAGUAUGAAGCAUAAAAUGGUCACAUUAAUCUGUUACCAAUGCAAUAGAAUUAUGUUUCAAAAGUAAUAUGUAUCACUUUGUUAAGUUUUUGAAUACAAUUUUUCAAUUUGUAUUAUUUACCAGUAUAAAGUUGAAAUUUAAUUUCGAUCUGUUUGUCAAAUUUUAUAAAAUAUGAAAUAUAUUUUUCUUGCAAUAAGAAUAAAUAUAUAUGUAAAUAAUGGAUAAUCUUUGUUGUCUAUGGACAUUGUGAAUCAUUAGUAUCAUGUACAAAAUACUGUAAUGACUUCAGUGUAAUCACAAAAUUUGUUAAAUUAAGGUAUAAUAACACAAAGAAUGGAAUUAUAUUGUACAAAUGUAAUAUAUAAUUGACCAUACCAAAUAAAAAGGAUUGUAUUCGC